AUUUAUCGGGGUCAAACGAAGUAACGAACCCUAUAAAUAAGACUUUCACGGCUUCACCAAUCCAGACUUCAUUUUAUCGGCCCUUACAUUCAUCUAAGCUAAACUAACAGCAAAGCUUCCUCUCUUCAGUCGUUUCCCCAGUUCACAGUGUGCAAGUCAAAAUAAGAUCCUCAAGAGAAGUUGACCAUUUUGGCAAAAGAAAUUGCUGGAAAGCUCUGCAUUUCUUCACUCAGCUCUUCAGCUUUCCCUUCCGAUUUCCUUCUCUCAAAUUCAAGGAAAUUGUUCAAAUUUGCGACAAAAUCCCCCAGUAUUCGAGAAAAAUGGAUAUAAUAUCGCAACUGCAAGAACAAGUUAAUUUAGUAGCAUCACUUGCAUUCAAUACUUUCGGAACCCUUCAAAGAGAUGCUCCUCCUGUUCGUCUCUCUCCUAAUUACCCUGAACCUCCUAAUUCUAACCCUAACCCUAAUCCUAAUUCUGACCCCAAUUCAAAUAAUUCGAAUCCUAAUCCUACACAACAAGGUCAACAGCAGCAGCAGCAGCAGCAGCAGCCGGAUGCUACUGCCAAUUUUGCCGAUGAACCCAAAACAGCUAGUGCUGCUCUUGUUAAGGCUGCCAAGCAGUUUGAUGCCUUGGUCAAUGCCCUGCCACUAGUCGAGGGUGGUGAAGAGGCCCAAUUGAAAAGAAUCGCUGAUCUUCAGGCAGAAAAUGAUGCUGUUGGACAAGAAUUGCAGAAGCAACUGGAAGCUGCUGAUAAAGAAUUAAAGCAAGUCCAGGAAUUGUUCAGCCAAGCGUCUGAUAAUUGCUUAAAUAUGAAGAAACCAUAUUGAAGAUUUACUGUUUCAGAGUUUUGCUCGAACAAAGAGAUUUUGCAGGAUACGUCUCUCGUCUCUGUAUAGUUAAUUGGUUGCCCCUAAAUAUUGCGCAGUUGAUAGUUGAAUGUUGUAGAAUGAGCUAUGUAUGGCGAAAACAUUUUAUUUAGUACACACCGGAGUUUGGUUUCAGAAAACUCAAAUGUGUCAGGUAACAAAACUGCUUAAUGAUGUGUUUGUAUGGUAGUUACUGGUAAAAUCAAUUCAGAUGAUAGUGAUUAGUGUUUCUA